UACCGGUUUGAUCUCCCUGUGGUUACACGUUGUAGGAACUCUCUGAAGUUUAUCUAAAUUCAAAUCAAAAGAGAAAUAGAAGAGCGCUUUUCACAAACAAGCGGAUGGGAAUCAAGGAACAACACAACCUACGUCAGUUUGUAUUCCCGUGCGGAAUAAACUCUCCAUCCACGCUUUACUUUGUGCUCCGAUUUAAUGCCGAAUGCUGGGGACAAAAACAGGUCAGCUACAGGUCGCUGGACGCAGAUGACCCAAAAGCAGGUUAAAUGCUGAUUGGCUGCUAAGUGGUCCGGUUGUGCCAAGUUUUCAUGGACAACAAGAAGAGGCACCUAAAAGGCAUCUUGAUUUGCAUUGCAGCAGCAGUGAUUUUCAUCUUUUUCUAUCUCAAUUCCAAGAAAGUGGUUAGGAACAUUCCUUAUCAACCAGCAUCAGCAGAGCCACGUUGGGAGGAUCCAGGACCAUAUCAUGUGGCCUACCCACGAAACUACAAAUUCAUCAUGGAUGACACGCCUACAUGUACGACCACAACUCCUUUCCUUAUUCUGAUGGUUCCUGUUGCACCCAGUAAUGUUGCAACUCGGGAUGCCAUCCGGCAGACGUGGGGAAAUGAGAAGCUGGUUCUGGGUCAGCGGGUAGAGACUGUCUUCAUAGUGGGCCUCCCUGGUGGAAGUGAUGCAAAACAUCAGCAAGAGAAGCUUCAGCAGGAGAAUCAGCUGUACCAUGACCUGAUUCAGAGCAACUUUCAGGACAGCUACAAUAAUCUGACUAUCAAGACUAUGGUCAUGCUGGAGUGGCUGGCUGCACACUGUACUAAGGCUUCCUUUGUCAUGAAGAUCGACUCCGAUGUUAUACUCAAUGUCCCGAAUCUGGUGAAACUGUUGGUGGAUCCUAGCACAGCUAAGCAAAACUAUAUGACUGGGCUGGUUUGGUGGCAUAGUCCUGUUUUAAGGAACCCAUUUAUAAAGUUCUACAUGCCUCCAUCUGUGAUUGCUGAAUCAGAGUACCCCCCGUAUCCGCUCGGAUUUGCCUACGUCAUGUCACUAGACCUUCCUGGGAAGAUCUUGGGAGUGUCACCUCAGAUCAAACCGAUCUACAUUGAAGAUGCUUACCUCGGCAUGUGUCUGAAACACCUGGGCGUAUCUCCUACUGACCCUCCAGAAGAAACGAUGUUUCUUGUCAAGCCCAGCCAUUCUCUGAGCAGCUGCAGUCUUUCAAAGGUGAUCGCUUCGACAACAACAAGCAUCUUGCAAAUGAAUGGCUACUGGGAGAGGAUCAAACGGGGAGUUCAGUGCUGAAGGUUUUCCAAAAAAAGGUAUUGUUUAUAGUUAUAGGAUUUUGGAUCAAUGGAGUGGGAACCUGAAUAUGGCCAAUGGUUAAAACAAAAAUAAAAUAUUGCAUAUUUAUUAUGUGGCAAAAUGGAGACACCUUUGUUACAUCUUGCCAAAUCUGAUCAUUAGGCCAAGUUAAUAUAAUUUUCUUUCCUUUGAAAAACGUCAAUAUAUUUAACUGAAGCACAGAGGUUGUGAGAGGCUUUUUGUCAGGGGUUAGUAUUAAGAGUAUAUUUAUAUAUUUACAUGUUAGAUGUUUGUAGUGAUAUUGGAUUUUCAAAUGAUAAAAUGAUACUGUAAUCACUUUUUAUUGAAGUCAGCCAGGCCUCCUUUGUCCUCAGCUCAAGUGUGAGAUGUUUAAGUUACUUUUAUAACCUCUUGUAUUUAACUUUUCCAGCUCUUUUGCAUUUCUGUACUUUUUACUCUGUGUUUGUCUUUUAUAUUUGGUGUUAUGGUAUGGAUAACACCAAAGGAUAUACAUAUAAAUAAAGGAUAUAUAGGAUUUAGGAUAUAAAUGCUGUGGUGUUUUUCCUAGUUCAUGUAACAUACUUGUUUCUAUGUCAAGCUAAACUGAUGUUAUCUAAACUAUGUUGCAUGUAUGAUCUUGAUGCAAUGCGAUAUAGGAAAAGUACCAUGAGUUUAAACAAACUGGCCAGUACUGGGAAUACAGUUGUAGUUUCUCAUAGUUCCACAAGAUGGCAGACUUUGAUUCGAUAAAAUUUAAGCC